AUGACUUCGAACAACUCGGGUUAUGUCUGCAUCGUUGGAGUUGGAUUUGUCGGCGAAUCCCUCCUUCGAGAAUUCAGCCACGUGCAUCCCACCAUGGGCUUCGACAUUUCAGAGAAUCGCAUCAAGGACCUUCGCAGCAAGUAUGCUGACCAGAAGGACCUUGUCCUCACCACCAAUGAGGCGGAUCUGAAGAAAGCCAACCAUUACCUCAUCUCUGUCCCAACUCUUCUCAAGGCAGACCACUCAGUCGACUUCUCACACUUGAAGUCUGCCCUCUCAACUGUCUUCCGCUAUGCACGCCCCGGAAACACCAUUGUCAUUGAGAGCAGUGUUUCCGUCGGCACCACUCGCCAACUCUUCCAGUCCACCCAGAAUGUCUUCCACUGCGGCAUGUCGCCAGAGCGUGUCGAUCCUGGACGCACGGUUCCUGCGGCCAAUGAGAUCCCCAAAGUCAUCUCAGGGCUCACCCCAGAUUCUCUCAAGGUCAUCACCGACCUUUACUCGAGCGUCUUCCACCAUGUCGUUCCUGUCUCAUGCCCUGAGGUGGCCGAGAUGUGCAAACUGUUCGAAAACUGCUAUCGCAUGAUCAACAUUGCCUACGUCAAUGAGAUCAGUGAUGCCUGCCGAAACUUGGGCAUUAACCCGAAUGAAGUCAUCGAUGCUGCUUCCACCAAGCCUUAUGGUUUCCAGACCUUCCGUCCAGGCUUGGGAGUUGGCGGCCACUGCAUUCCAGUCAACCCUUCCUACCUCAUGGUUACCUGCCCCAACCUGCCCGUCUUGGACCAGUCGACCACUCUCAUGAGAGAGCGUCCACGGAAGCUGGCUCGCGAGCUCCACGGCCAUAUCUCCUCGUCCAAACUGGGCUCGACCAACUUGAAACCACGUGUCCUCGUAAUUGGUCUCGGUUUCAAGCCUGGUCAGUCUGUGCUCUCCCACUCUCCAGGCAUCGACUUCGCCACCGAGCUCCAGAGGUUGGGUUGUGACCGGUUGGCGUUUUACGAUCCCUUGGUCGCUCAACAUGCUCUUCCAUUGAUGGAAAAGCUUGAGGACGACUCAUUCAACCCCAACGAGCUGGCUGCCGACUUUGACGCCGUUGUCAUCUGCUGUAGACAACAUGGUGUCGACUUCGACGUGCUUGACCAACUACCAUCUGAGAUGGUCUGGUCAUAUGACUGA